GGGAAAGACGAGGACUUGGCCGAGGCUCUCCUGAAGAAGCACGAGGCCCUGAUGUCGGACCUGUCAGCUUACGGCAGCAGCAUCCAGGCCCUGAAGGAGCAGGCCCAGUCCUGCAGGGACCUGAAGGCCAACGAGUCCCGCCUGAGGGACAUCAACAAGGUGGCAUCUGAACUGGAGUCAGAAGGUCUGAUGGCUGAGGAGGCUCCUAUGGUUCAGGCUCAGGAUGAAGCCGACUCUAACACGGCGUCACCCUGGAAGACCGUACGGUUGGGCGUUCAGACGACAGCUAACUUUAAUUCCAUCAAGGUAAGAGGAAGCUCUUCCCUUCCUGUCUGAGCGAUCCGUCUCCAGGUUUCUUCGUCCGGCGUCCAGCCCGCUGGCGUCCACCU